ACAGCGCGGCAAGCUGAUCGAAAAAAAGGGAGGAGCGAGUCGCAGUGCCACAAAAACCCAAUUAAAUUACUGCUGACGUCGGCGAAUUGUCAAAUAACUGAUAGCGAAUCGCAGUGCGAUGGCUAACAAAGAGAACUCCCGCAUUGUGGGACAGCAGGUGAAGUGGAUCGGAGCGCACGAAGCCCAGCAGCAGCCAGCAGUGAAGAGUCUGGAGCACAAGAACGUCUACUUCUACCAGAAGUGCAUCUACGGACCGCUGACCCUGACCGUCGGCGACUUCAUACUGGUGUCCAAUGCGGACGCACCGGAACCGGACACAGUGAGCGGAUGCGACGUCGCCCGGAUCCUGCACAUGUACGAGCUGCGCGAGGUGACCGAUCGCGAAACGUGCCGCGCCAUCGUCCAGUGGUACUCCUGGCCCAGGGCCAUUCCCCACCAGAAAUUCGACGACGACGACGUGGCCAUCGACUUUAGCCUGGAGGUGAUCGAGGAGCAUCGCCCCUACGACAACGACGUGGCCCUCGGCGCCAUCUACCGCAAGUGCAUCGUCCUGGAGGGCAGCACUCAGUCCUCCGCCCAGGAGAUCCUCAGCCGCCACUCCAACUCCAGCCACAAGCUGAAGUCCACCGCCUGCCCGAUGUUCGUCAGCCGCUACAGGUUCGUCAAGGUGAAGCGGAGCUACCGCUUGAUUCCACUGGAAAUCCACCUGGAGCAGCCGGAGGAGAAGCCACGUGCAUCGCGGAAGUCACUAACUGCCCACAAGGAAUCCAAGCGAUCGGCCUCCGCCCGCAAGAAUGAAGCAGUUGCAGGCGAAGAAGGAGCCGGCACUGUGGAGAAGCGACGACGUGCCUCCAUGGCGGCCGCCAGUUCCGUGGAGUUCGUCGAUGUCAGCUACUUCAAUUGCGAGAACAAGGUGUCGCCCAUCAAGAUCGUGGGCGGACGCAGCGUGGUGCGGCUGUCGGAGAAGAAGAAGACGGCCGCCCCCGAAAUCAAUGCCAACUAUCUGCCGGCUUCGCCGCUCACCGAGAAGAACGCCAAGGUGGAGACUCCGAAAUCCCGGGCUUCGGCCGCUCGCCGCAACCUUAAUCUCAGCCUGGAUCGCGGAGCGGAUAGCACAGCGGACUCGGACUGCCUGAACUACUCGAUUGUCCAGCAGACGCCCGAUCCCAAGACGCCGUCCAAUGACAUGAAGAUCAAGCUGCGCCUCUCGGAGAGAAGGCGUUCGGUGCGCCUGGCCUCCUUGGAUGCAGAUCCUCUGUCGCUCGAGGAACCCCUUGAAGCACCCAGCACCCAGGGACGCAAGCGACUGGGCGUAACCAAUGGCGAUAUCUACCAGACGCCCACCAAGAAAUCCAAGGAGCCACUGGAACAAGCUGCAGGCAACGAAAAGACGCCCUCGACAAGGCGUAAAAGUAUCCUAAAAUCAGCCACCAGUCGAUUGGCUGAAGGCACGCCCAGACGCAGUAUUCAUCUGUCCAACAUUGUGGAGCAGCGUGUGUUCAAGGACGAUGAAAUUAUAUCCACCCCAAAGAGAGGACGGGCCAAGAAGACCGUUCAGGACGAGGACGAGGACUAUUCGCCAAAGAAGUCGGUUCAAAAGACGCCCACGCGAUCGCGUCGUUCGAGCACCACAACCAAACUAGCAACCACUCCCAGCAAAGCGACUCCCAGCAAGGCAACCCCGAUGACGCCCUCGCAGAAGAUGAAGAAGAUCCGGGCCGGCGAAAUAAGUCCCAGCAUGCAGCAGCGCACCGAUCGACCGGCAAAGGACUCCAGCAAAUCGGAACUGCAGCUGGCUCGCGAACAGCUUCACGUGUCUGUGGUGCCGAAGAGUCUGCCCUGCCGCGAACGGGAGUUCGAGAACAUUUACGCCUUCCUGGAGGGCAAGAUCCAGGACCAGUGCGGCGGCUGCAUGUACGUGUCCGGAGUUCCGGGCACUGGCAAAACGGCCACUGUGACCGGAGUCAUUCGCACCCUGCAGCGGCUGGCCAAUCAGAACGAGCUGCCCGCCUUUGAGUUCCUCGAGAUCAACGGGAUGCGGCUGACGGAGCCGCGACAGGCCUACGUGCAGAUCUACAAACAGCUCACGGGCAAGACUGUCUCCUGGGAGCAGGCACACUCCUUGCUGGAGAAACGAUUCACGACUCCGGCACCGCGUAGAGUUACCACGGUGCUGCUGGUCGAUGAGCUGGACAUCUUGUGCAACCGGCGGCAGGAUGUCGUCUAUAACCUGCUCGACUGGCCCACCAAGUCGGCGGCCAAACUGGUGGUGGUCACCAUUGCCAACACCAUGGAUUUGCCCGAGCGCCUGCUAAUGGGCAAAGUCACCUCUCGUCUUGGACUCACCCGACUCACGUUUCAACCGUAUAGCCACAAGCAGCUGCAGGAGAUCGUCACAGCCCGUCUGGGAGGUUCGGAGGCUUUUAAGGGCGAGGCCGUGCAGCUUGUGGCUCGCAAAGUGGCCGCCGUAUCCGGUGAUGCUCGACGAGCUCUGGACAUUUGUAGGCGGGCCACAGAAGUCGCCGAUACGGCUCAGGUGAAGUGCGUGACCAUGCUGCACGUCCAGCAGGCAUUGGCCGAGAUGAUAGCCAGUGCCAAGGUGCAGGCCAUCAAGAACUGUUCGCGGCUGGAGCAGAUCUUUCUGCAGGCGGUGGCUUCGGAAGUUACGCGCACCGGAGUCGAGGAAACGACCUUCAUGGGCGUCUAUCUGCAGGUGGAGACAAUCGCCGCCUUCAUGGGUGUCACCUUACCGCCACCCGGUCGUUGCCUUCGCCUAUGCGCCAAGCUGGGCGCCGAGCGACUCAUCAUAAGCGAGCAUUCCCGUAAUGAUCUCUUUCAGAAAAUUCUGCUCAACGUCAGUGCUGAUGAUAUUCACUAUGCACUUCGAGUUGGAGAGGUGGCGGCUAACUAAAAGAGAAUUUUUAGGCAAAU